GCAGCUUCCGGCUGGCUGGUCCGAGGUUGUGGAAGACUCGCUGCUCUUGAGAGAAGGUGCCAGGGUGGAAGGCAGCAAGGAUGCUACAGCUGAGCCUGUCCUGGCUGGGAAUGGGGGCCCUGACUGCCUCUCCGUGGCAUCUACUGCUGCUGGGAGGGGCUUCUUGGAUUCUAGCCCGAAUUCUGGCCUGGAUCUAUGCCUUCUAUGACAACUGCAGUCGCCUUCGUUGCUUCCCUCAGCCCCCUAAACAGAGCUGGUUCUGGGGUCACUUGGCCUUGAUGAAGAACAACGAGGAAAACAUGCAGUUCAUAACACAUCUGGGCCACGACUUCCGUGAUGUCCACCUCUCUUGGGUUGGACCUGUGUACCCGAUCCUGCGACUCGUCCACCCUAACUUCAUUGCUCCCCUGCUCCAAGCCUCAGCUGCUGUUGCACCCAAGGAAAUGACUCUCUACGGCUUCCUGAAGCCCUGGCUGGGGGACGGGCUCCUGAUAAGUGCUGGUGACAAGUGGAGCCACCACCGACGCAUGCUGACACCUGCCUUCCACUUUGACAUCCUGAAGUCCUAUGUGAAGAUUUUUAACAAGAGUGUGAACAUCAUGCAUGCUAAGUGGCAGUGCCUGGCCUCCAAGGGCACUUCCCGUCUGGACAUGUUUGAACACAUCAGCCUCAUGACCUUGGACAGUUUGCAGAAAUGCAUCUUCAGCGUCGACAGCAACUGCCAGAAGUCUGACAGCGAAUACAUUGCUGCAAUCCUGGAACUUAGCUCCCUUGUAGUGAAACGGCAUCACCAGCUCUUCCUAUACCUGGACUUCCUGUACUACCUCACUGCUGAUGGGCGUCGCUUCCGCAAAGCCUGCGACCUGGUGCACAGCUUCACAGAUACUAUCAUCAGGGAGAGACGCAGCACCCUCAGUACGCAGGGUGUUGAAUUCCUAAAGGCCAAGGCUAAGACUAAAACUUUAGAUUUUAUUGAUGUUCUCUUAAUGGCCAAGGAUGAACAUGGUAAGGGACUAUCGAAUGAGGACAUCCGAGCAGAGGCUGACACCUUCAUGUUUGGAGGCCAUGACACUACCACCAGUGCACUCUCUUGGAUCCUGUACAACCUGGCGAGGCACCCGGAAUACCAGGAGCGCUGCCGGCAGGAGGUUCAGGAGCUGCUGAGGGAUCGAGAUUCUGAGGAGAUUGAAUGGGACGACCUGGCCCAGCUGCCCUUCCUGACCAUGUGCAUCAAGGAGAGUCUGCGGCUGCAUCCCCCAGUCUUAUUAAUCUCCCGCUGCUGUUCCCAGGAUGUUCUGCUGCCAGACGGCCGGGUCAUCCCCAAAGGGAACAUCUGUGUUAUCAGCAUUUUCGGGGUUCACCACAACCCUUCAGUCUGGCCAGACCCUGAGGUCUACAACCCUUUCAGAUUCGACCCAGAAAACCCACAGAAGAGGUCGCCUCUAGCUUUUAUUCCCUUCUCAGCGGGGACCAGGAACUGCAUAGGACAGACAUUCGCCAUGAGCGAGAUGAAGGUGGCGCUGGCGCUGACGCUGCUGCGCUUCCGUGUGCUGCCAGAUGACAAGGAGCCGCGCCGGAAGCCAGAGCUGAUCCUGCGUGCAGAGGGCGGGCUGUGGCUGCGGGUGGAGCCGCUGAGCGCGGGCGCACAAUGACCUCACAGCUGCCUUGGGUCCUGCUCACCCGUGCUCCUACCUCUUUAAAUCUCUGAAUAAACAGAACUGCCUCCUGUUCUUUGAGUGAC